CAUAGAUAUCCAGGCCAGCACACCAUUCAUUUCUCGCUCAUUGCUUCUCAGUUCUGCCACACACUGAAUUGAACAUACUGAGAACAAAUUCAUCAUGCGCUUCUCUCCUUCGACGUAUUUGGUGGUCAUCCUGGGGUGGAUAGGGGUAGUCUCAGCACAUAACAUUCUUCUCCGCGCACAUUCAAGGGAAUGCUUCUUCGAGCAAUUACGUUCUGGAGACCAAAUGACAGUCACAUUCCAGACUGGAGAUAGAGAAUUCGGCGGAAGCGAUAAUCUCGACAUCAACUUCUGGAUCGAGGACCCAGCCGGCCACCAUCAGUACAGCAAAUCAUCGGUAUCCUCCGACGAGCACUCCUUUACCGCAACCCGAGAUGGUAAAUAUGUGUACUGCUUCGGAAAUGAAGCAUGGUCCUCAAACAGCAAAGAGGUUUCCUUCAACGUGCAUGGAAUUGUCUACGUCCCUGAGUCCGAACUUCCAACCGAUCCCUUGGAGACUGAAGUGAAAAAAUUGUCUCAAGAGCUCGCCCACGUGAAGGAUGAGCAGCAGUAUAUCAUCGUCCGCGAACGCACCCACAGAAAUACCGCCGAAAGUACGAAUGCUAGAGUAAAAUGGUGGAGUCUUUUCCAAUUGGGCGUGCUCAUUUCAAACGGCAUUUUCCAGGUCUGGUGGUUGAAGAGGUUCUUCGAGGUUAAACGUGUGGUUUAAUUUUUCUUCUGAGCGAAAUACCGCAAUGAUUAUCAUGUGGAAUGAAUGUUCACUAGAGGAUUCGUGCGUUUAUGUACGGGAGUAAUUAAAGUUGGUUUUCUUCUCUAGGGCCUGAAUUGAUUUCAGGGGUUCUCUAUUCGAGAUUGACUCCCUUCUGUCUCAUUACUAUCUGUAUUGUUUUUUCCUUUUUCCUUUUUUUUU